CAGGCCGCAAGAGCUGCCGGGACGGUCCCCAUCUUCUUGGAUCGCUUUAGGCUGGCCGGCGGCGCUGGGAAGUGGAGUCGUUGCUGUUGCUGUUUGUGAGCCUGUGGCGCGGCUUCUGUGGGCCGGAACCUUAAAGAUAGCCGCAAUGGCUGAAAAUGGUGAUAAUGAAAAGAUGGCUGCCCUGGAGGCCAAAAUCUGUCAUCAAAUUGAGAACUUGGUACUGUAGAGUAAUGUCAGGAUUGGAGUCCAUAUUAUACAGUGUUCUGAAAUACAUUGUAAUUAUCUCACAGUAUUAUUUUGGCGACUUCAAUUUGCCACGGGACAAGUUUCUAAAGGAACAGAUAAAACUGGAUGAAGGCUGGGUACCUUUGGAGAUAAUGAUAAAAUUCAACAGGUUGAACCGUCUAACAACAGACUUUAAUGUAAUUGUGGAAGCACUGAGCAAAUCCAAGGCAGAACUCAUGGAAAUCAGUGAAGAUAAAACUAAAAUCAGAAGGUCUCCAAGCAAACCCCUACCUGAAGUGACUGAUGAGUAUAAAAAUGAUGUAAAAAACAGAUCUGUUUAUAUUAAAGGCUUCCCAACUGAUGCAACUCUUGAUGACAUAAAAGAAUGGUUAGAAGAUAAAGGUCAAGUACUAAAUAUUCAGAUGAGAAGAACAUUGCAUAAAGCAUUUAAGGGAUCAAUUUUUGUUGUGUUUGAUAGCAUUGAAUCUGCUAAGAAAUUUGUAGAGACCCCUGGCCAGAAGUACAAAGAAACAGACCUGCUAAUACUUUUCAAGGACGAUUACUUUGCCAAAAAAAAUGAAGAAAGAAAACAAAAUAAAGUGGAAGCUAAAUUAAGAGCUAAACAGGAGCAAGAAGCAAAACAAAAGUUAGAAGAAGAUGCUGAAAUGAAAUCUCUAGAAGAAAAGAUUGGAUGCUUGCUGAAAUUUUCGGGUGAUUUAGAUGAUCAGACCUGUAGAGAAGAUUUACACAUACUUUUCUCAAAUCAUGGUGAAAUAAAAUGGAUAGACUUCGUCAGAGGAGCAAAAGAGGGGAUAAUUCUAUUUAAAGAAAAAGCCAAGGAAGCAUUGGGUAAAGCCAAAGAUGCAAAUAAUGGUAACCUACAAUUAAGGAACAAAGAAGUGACUUGGGAAGUACUAGAAGGAGAGGUGGAAAAAGAAGCACUGAAAAAAAUAAUAGAAGACCAACAAGAAUCCCUAAACAAAUGGAAGUCAAAAGGUCGUAGAUUUAAAGGAAAAGGAAAGGGUAAUAAAGCUGCCCAGCCUGGGUCUGGUAAAGGAAAAGUACAGUUUCAGGGCAAGAAAACGAAAUUUGCUAGUGAUGAUGAACAUGAUGAACAUGAUGAAAAUGGUGCAACUGGACCUGUGAAAAGAGCAAGAGAAGAAACAGACAAAGAAGAACCUGCAUCCAAACAACAGAAAACAGAAAAUGGUGCUGGAGACCAGUAGUUUAGUAAACCAAUUUUUUAUUCAUUUUAAAUAGGUUUUAAACUACUUUUGUUUGCGGGGGCUUUUAAAAGGAAAACCGAAUUAGGUCCACUUCAAUGUCCACCUGUGAGAAAGGAAAAAUUUUUUUGUUGUUUAACUUCUUUUUGUUAUGCAAAUGAGAUUUCUUUGUGUUGUUCUGUUUGUGUUAUUUCAGAUGAUUCAAAUAUCAGAAGGAAGAUUCUUCCAUUAAAUUGCCUUUGUAAUAUGAGAAUGUAUUAGUACAAACUAAUAAAAUAUAUACUAUAUGAAAAGAGCAAAAA